GCCUGCCCUGUUAGCCCAUCAACUUAAACAGGCCGAUGUCCAUUUUGCAGCGAUACAAGAAGCGCGUACGGAAGCCGGCUUCCUCUGCACAGGGCCAUACCUCCGCUACUCCUCCGGAGCGGCCAAAGGACAUCUGGGCGUAGAAUUGUGGUUCCGCGCCAAGCACCCGGUUGUCUCAUUCCAAGAUAGCGGUUUCGAUGCGAUCUGCUUUGAGCCUCGAUCCUUUGUUGUUUUGGAAAAGGAUCCUAGGCGGCUGGUGCUACUAUUUAAGCAGCGCGGCUUGCAAAUCAUCUUCGCAUCACUCCAUGCCCCCCAUAGAGGCUCAACGGAGUCCGAGCUCACCGAGUGGUGGCAGCAUACGGAGGAGAUUUUGUUUCGAUGCGCCAGAGGGCGCCUGCUUGUUGUUGGAGCGGAUUGCAAUGCUAGCUUGGGUUCGGUUGAGUCCUCUAGCAUAGCAGGUGUCGGCGCUGAGGAACAGGAUCUUGCGGGAGAAUUAUGCCACACCCUCCUUAAGAAAUGCCAGCUAUGGGCCCCGGCCACUUGGCAGGGUGUGCAAGAUGGGCCGACAUGGACAUUCGCACAACGCCGCAACGGUGCGCUCAUCCGACCUGACUAUGUUUUCGUUCCUGUUGAAUGGAAGCAUGGGCAUUUCAGAGCUUGGACUGCGCCCGAUAUCACCGCAGUCAACAUGACUCUUGAUCACAUCGCCACUGUUGUCGAUGCUACUGUCCAAGUUCGCUGUGGAGCUAGUCAAGCCACCAAGCCCAUCCCGAAAAUAGACACGCAGGCUAUUUUGGACCCCAGCAAUAACCCUGCCAUUGUAGAUAUUAUUAGGGCUGCGCCGAGGCCACAAUGGCAGGUCUCCGCCAGUGCGCACGCUGCGAUUGUAACCGAAUACCUUCAGAGAUCACUUGCGGACGCGUUCCCUGCAACCGCCCACAAGCCCGUGCACCCGUACAUCACGGCCGAGGCCUGGGACCUGCAAAAGCAGGUUGCUUGGCUGCGCCGUAAAUGCGCCGGAGUCCGCCAGAUGAUGCAUAAGCAGGUUCUUGCUGGCGUUUUCUAUGCCUGGAAGUCCGGUACCGCAGUGGUUAAGCUCUCCUCUAAAUGGCUACGAGACGCCCAAAUCUCCCUUGCGCUCUAUGGCUUUAGGCUAGGCGCGUAUGCAGGUGCGCUCCGUGCCAGGUGUAAGAAGGACAGGGCGCGCUAUAUGGAACAGCUGGCGGAUGAGAUACAGUUGAAUAAGCCUACGGCUUUUGCGGCAGCUGACCGGCUGCUUAGCCGUAGGCGUAAGAAACCUUUCGCCCCAGCCGUGCUCCCUGCGAUUACGCAUGCAGACGGAUCUCUAUGUGAUACCCCAGACGCGGCCCGGAAUCGUUGGAGGGAACAUUUCAGUGCGAUUGAGGAUGGUAUUGUGGUUCACCGUGCCGAUAUCAUUUCUGCCACUGGCGGAAGUCCGACGGAGUGGCCGGCCCCGCCGGACAUCUCAUCUAUUCCUGCCCCUUCUGACCUUCGCAAUUCUCUCCUAGCGGCAAAAAGGGGGAAAGCCAAUGGACCAGAUAGACUGCCUGGAGAACUGGGCUUGGCGUGCGCUGAUGAGGUCCAGCAGAUGCUAUACCCUUUGUUACUCAAACUCGGCCUUCUCGGCGAAGAGAGCAUAGGCCAUAAGUGCGGGUCAUUGACAUGGCUAUGGAAAGGCAAAGGCCCGCAGGCAGAUUGCGCCUCAUAUCGGGGUAUCUUGCUCCUGUCAAACCUUUGCAAGGCGGUCCACCGAGCAUACCGCCCCCGCAUACAGGCCUUCUUUGAAACGCAUGCCGACCCGCUCCAGCUUGGAGGGCGUAAGGGAGGCAGUGUCAUCUUCGGUUCGCAUGCCAUGCGGACAUUCAUGCGCAUCCGCGCACAUGCCGGUCAGGCUUCCGCAGUGCUCUUUGCGGAUGUCUCUUCUGCCUAUUACUCCACUGUGCGGAGUCUGGCUUCCAGGAUGCCCGCGGAGGAACCUGAGGCCGCUGCAACUGCCGAUGUAGAGGGCCACAAUACUGAUAACCUUCUACCAGAGAUCCAGAAUGCAGCCAAAUCUGCUCUUGCUCAAGACGGCGCAGAUCCCUGGCUGAGAGCCUUGACUUCGGUCAUAAACAGUGGAACCUGGAUGUGCCUCCAGGGCGACUCCACACCCGUCGUUACCAGGAUCCUAGAACUUCGCGACUCGUGCAAGGAUGUUAUAUGGGCUGAUGACAUCGCCAGCUGCUUGCCGAUACAGCACGCCGCUCUGACUGCCCUUUCUGUUGGCGUGGAAGCCGGGGCCCUGGCUGAUGCUUUUGAGGGUCAUUCCUUAAGCCUUUCCUUUGGGGAAAAGAAAACUGCUGCACUGGUCAGCCCAAGAGGACCAGGGGCACGUGCUGCAAGACGCGCACUGUUUGGUCGUAAGCCAGUGCUGCCGGUUAUACGGGAAAACGGCGCGGUGGCACUGCCCCUGGUCGAUGUCUACAAGCACCUAGGGGUCCUUCAGGCGUGUGAAGGUGCAAUUCGCCCCGAGGUUAAACAGCGAUGUUCAGCUGCAUGGGUUGCCUUCCGUCAGGGUCGAACACGUAUCUUCCGGUGCAGACGGCUUUCCGUUGGCCGCCGUGGCAGUCUGCUGCAGACUCUUGUCCUCAGCAAGCUUCUCUUUGGGACUGGUGCUUGGCCCCCCCUUGCCAUUGGGGAGCAGAGGAUGUUCGCAGGCACAGUUUUUGCCCUGUAUCGUUCGGCCCUUGGAAUUGGGGCGAAGGAGGACCAGCAUGUGUCCCUUGCGACCGUUUGCUCCCUGCUGGGGCUGUUGGAUCAUGACUCCUUGCUUCAAGUAGAACGUUUACGGUAUCUCCUUCAGCUUCGUACCACUGCGCCAGACGCCAUUUGGGCACUGAUACGCCAAGAUGAGCCUUACCUUGAAUUGGUCCGGCGAGCGUUAUACUGGUUGUUCUGCCGAGUGCGGGCAACUAGCACGCUCCCUGACCCGCUCGAUUCCUGGCAGCCAUGGAGUGACCUCAUGGCUACCCGUCCGUCACUCUUUAAAGGUUUGAUCAAACGAGCCAAGGGCUUGGAGCAGUGCAGAAUCACCUGCAUCGCCGCCCUUCAGGCCUUGCACACAGCACUCAGCCAGCAGGGCCAGGGAGUGUCCUUGCAGGGCCCUUGCGAUACCCUUCGUUUCACUGAGGCUUGCAUUGUGUGCAAACGAGCCUUCACGAGUCGAGCCGCCUGGGCUUGCCAUGCAUCCAAGCUGCACGGCUACCGUAUAGCAGCGUCGGUUUUGGCAGGAACUGACGGCAGUACGCUCUGUUUGGCGUGCGGAAAGAAUUUUGCAAAGCCCGCUCGGCUCCGUCGCCAUCUCCUGCACUCUGAGAACUGCCGUCGGGGGUGGGGGUCGUUUGUGCCCACUGACACUCCGCGGCCACUUCCGCAUCCUCGAGCCCCGCCACUCACUGUGGAAGGAGUGUUAAGUGAGCACCACGCCGAGCUAGAUCCGGCAACCUAUAAUAAGGGUCUUCUUGAGGCGCUGGAACUCUUGCAGGAACCCACGGCCUGUCAGGUCUGGGACCUUGCUGCCGAGUAUAUCGAGCCUUUAGCCGUCCUUAAGCAGACGGUACAGCUGUGGGCGGAUAGGUCCAUGCCGAGCCCCGGGAUCUCCGAUGUCGCAGACGAAGUUGUGCUGAUGUUGGAUCCUGAACUCAUCUGCGACACAUUCUGCCGCCGUCGUGCGACCACCCCCGUGGCUACUUGUUGCCCAGAACUCCCGGGAGCCUUGGACUUCCAGCUUCCCUUCGUCCUUACCGGGGAUUGGGCCACUUUUGCCAUUGAGGCUGCUCCUUGUCCGUCCUUCUGUUACCCCUUUAUUGGGGGUGCACCCCUCGCCGCAGCGCAGCGCCAGACUGCCUUUUUGGUAGAGGCCUGCGAUACAGUAGAUCUCGAGGAAGACGUGUGCGCUCAGGAGGUCGAGGUGACGACCAUCGAGGUAGGCGGCAGCCGUCGACGAAAACGAGAGAAGGACGGUCGAGACGAAGACCGAGCUGACGACUUUGGUGCUGCAGCAGCUUGGGGCCCGUAUGCUGGCUAUGGCGCGUAUGCUGCUGCCGCAGCUAGCUACUGGGACUAUGCGCAGCACGCGCAACAAGCCGCUGUAGAGGACGACAAGAAGAAAAAGAAGAAAAAGAAGAAGAAGCGAGGGCAAAGCUCUUCGUCGUCGUCCUCUUCAUCCUCGCAAAACGACGCGGCUGCGCAGUGGGCCGAGAUGUGGCGCUCCUGGCAGGGCGGCGCAGCGCCCAGCGGGUCCCCACCUGCACAAGGCCACCCGAUGGCCUGGAACCAGUGGGGAGGUGUGCCUCCGCAGGCUCCUGGCUGGCCCGGUCCCCCAGCAGAAGGUGGCAGCAUGGGCUCUUUCGAUGGUCGAGACACAGGUUGGGCGGUUGCAGAGCGGGAGGAUGAUGAGAGGUCAGGUGUGGCCGAGGAUGUUCCGAUCUUCCUGGAGCCAUCAGUCGAGGACGAAGUCGCUGUACCGAAAGCUCUUCUCGGGAAGGUCAUCGGCAAGCAAGCGGCUACAAUCAUCGAAAUCCGAGAGAAGAGCGGGGCAUUUAAAGUGGAUGCCAGGGAUCAGACCUCCGAUCCUUGCAUGGUGAAAGUCGCAGGCACUGCGGAGGCAGUCAAGAAGGCGAAAGACCUCAUCCUUGAGCUUAUUGAUCAAACAAAGCAGAAACAUUUGAGCUCGCACUAUGUGGAGAUUCCACGCUCAAAGAUAGGUAUGGUGAUAGGAUUGAAAGGGGCACAAGUAAACGAAGUCCAAGCGCAGACUCAAACCAAAAUCGACGUCGACUUCGAGACAGAUCCAUGCAAGUGUUACAUCAAGGGGGAGGCAGACAACGUGGACCGUGCCAAGAAAGUCUUGCUUACGAUAGCUAUGCAGUUGGAGGAUGAGGCAUCCGAGUAUCUGGACCUGCCGAAGACAGUGUCUGGAGCCCUAAUCGGAGCUCAAGGAUCCCGCAUCCGGCAAUUUCAAGAGACCAGUGGCGCUCGCAUCGACAUUGACAAGUCCGGAAAUCGCUGCAAGGUUCGAUUGACCGGCAGCAAGGAGGCAGUGUCCAUCGCCAAGUCGCUCAUACAGGCAGAGCUGGACAAAAACAUGGUCCCAACGAAGACACCUGGAAGCAUGGCCAGCAGCGGUGCAGGGGUGUCCCACGGACCUAUUGCAGUGCCAGCGCAUCAACCUAGCAGUUUCCCAGCCACGCUGUCAGAGUCUAUUGCAAGAGCAAGAGCCGCAGCAGAAGCUGUGAAGCAUGGGCUGAUUCCUUCCGGGCCUCCCGAAGGGUCCCCAGUGAAUCCACCGCCGCCAGCUCCGUUGCCGGUACCGCCGCCUCCCAGGCCGCCAGGUGCGCAAAAGGGUGGUCACUGGGGCGGAGGAGGUCAGUGGGGCGGCGGUAGCUGGUGA